AUGAAAGUCCGAACAAAGCUAAUAAUUGUUGGCACGGUAAUGAUUCUGCACGCAAUUCAAGAAGCCUACAACGAUGAAACUAUCCCCUGCCUGAAUCGCUGCUUUGAUCGCACCGAUCGCAUUGGAACACAGUCACAAGACCCAUCUCCGUCCCCUUGCUAUGACAGUAUUAUGGCAGUAGGGGACAUUUUUUGCACAAUCACUGGACAACACGGUCUUAUGAAUUUUUUUUGGCCUUGCCUUGUGGUCAUGUGCACGGACGCCUACUUAAACCUCAGCAUACCAUUCAACGUUACGGGAGACGACAUAGUUAUAUGUCUAGAAGAUUUGAAGAAAGAAUUCGAUACGUGGAAGAAGGAUUGGCUGCGUAAUAAGAAGGAAGCUACGAAAGCUUUGUGCAAUCGUACCGACAGUGACACCAGUGACUCUUAA